AUUCCCAACUUCCUGAACUGAACUCGCGACUCCCAUUCAAGAAUCAAAUCGACUUGGGCUCCGAAUCUUCUCCCCAAUUUAAGCCCUCAUCUCCAAUCAGAGCAGCCCAAAACCCUAAUCCCAAGAACCCCCACUACAAAAUUAACUCAUGAACGCUCUCUCCAACGUCUUCUCCAUCCUCAACUUGGACGCUGAAGACGACAAGGAUCAGAUCGCUGCGGCCUCCGAUGCCAAAGAUGAAGAGAGAAAGAAGAAAAAUGGCGGUGUUUCGGCGAAAGGGGCAAACCCUAGAGUGGGGAAAUUGGAGCAGGGGAUGGCUGAUUCAGUUCCUGGGGAGUAUAAGCAUCCUCUUGUUUGGAUUGACUUAGAGAUGACUGGUUUAGAUGUUGGAGUGGACCGGAUAUUGGAGAUUGCUUGUGUUGUAACGGAUGGAAAAUUAACCAAAUCAGUGGAGGGAUGGGAUUGGGUUAUUACGCCGCCAAAAGAAUGUCUUGAUAACAUGAAUGAAUGGUGUCGUGAGCAUCAUGGAGCUAGUGGAUUGACGAAGAAGGUUCUUCAGAGCACGAUUACCGAGAGAGAUGCAGAGAAACAGGUUAUAGAAUUUGUCAAGAAGCAUGUUGGCUCAGAUAAAGCACUUCUUGCUGGAAAUUCUGUGUAUAUGGAUCUGUUGUUUCUAAAGAAGUAUAUGCCAACUUUGGCUGCCAUCUUUCCUCAUGUAUUGGUUGAUGUUAGCAGCAUUUCAGCUUUAUGUGCUCGUUGGUUUCCUAGAGAAAGGAAACAGGCGCCUACUAAGGAGAAAAACCAUAGAGCAAUGGAUGAUAUCAAAGAAAGCAUAAUGGAGCUGAAAUAUUACAAGGAGAACAUAUUCAAGGGACCCGGCAAGUGUAAACGUUGAUCAUUCAGAGACUGAUAAAUGAAGGUGAAAUGGGCCUUUUAUUGUAAAGAAAUUGCAUUUUGAUCUCCUGCACACUACAACCAAGGCAUCAAUUCCCUGAGGCAUGACAGAUUGCCGACUGCUAUAUCUUUUUGGUUGAAGGUUUUGCGUUGGUGACGUCCCUAAAAAUUGUAACGAAAUUGUGGAAAAGUAAAAUGAAUUUUCUUUUUCAUUUAUUAAUACCUCAUGUUUUUGGUGAAGAUCAAGAUGAUUGUCUUGUGUUGUGUUGUGUAUGUCCGUACAAGUUUUCAAAGAGCAAUAUCUUUCACACAUGCAACAAGUUUAUGGAGUUCCCUAGAGAGUGUAAUACGAUUUGCCGUUGUUGUUCC